UGGAGAGGAUGCAUUCAGUCCCACUAUGCAGUCUUGCAUGCUCUCGCUGUGUACUCUGGGAAACAGUCUAGCGAUCCAAGAUGGCGGCGAGCAGGAGACUACAUAAGGAACUUGAAGAAAUCCGUAAAUCUGGAAUGAAAAAUUUCCGUAACAUUCAAGUCGAUGAAUCAAACAUAUUGACUUGGCAAGGACUUAUUGUUCCUGACAACCCCCCAUACGACAAAGGAGCAUUCAGGAUCGAGAUAAUCUUUCCUGCCGAGUACCCUUUCAAACCCCCUAAGAUCACGUUCAAAACAAAGAUCUAUCACCCAAAUAUUGACGAGAAAGGACAGGUUUGUCUGCCAGUUAUCAGCGCAGAAAACUGGAAACCAGCUACCAAAACUGACCAAGUUAUCCAGUCGCUCAUUGCUCUGGUGAACGACCCUCAGCCAGAACACCCUCUGCGUGCUGACCUAGCAGAAGAAUACUCAAAGGACCGUAAAAAAUUCUUUAAGAAUGCAGAAGAGUUUACAAAGAAACAUGGCGAGAAACGGCCAGUGGACUAAUACCUGACAAGUGUGUAGUCCCUCCCUCCCACCAACUCCUCCUCCCAAACCAACCCUCUUCUACCUUCUUGUGUACCCUGGUUGUUCCUCUUCCUCUCCUCUUCCUCCUUCUGCGCUUUGUCUCCCCCGUCCUCUCCCUGCGCACUUGUCAUUAUAGUAGACCUGGAGAAGCGCCUCCCAGUUGCAAGCUCCAUUGUGAAGCAGGACUCAUGUGGACACGACAAAGAUUCUCUGCCUGAUAUUAGUUUGAGGCCAUUACUAACUUUCUACUAUUUUCUUAAGUUUAAAAAAAAAUAAAGAAUAAAAAGGUGAUUAGGUUGUUAUGAUAGGGAAAUGCACCAUGUUUUUCUUUUUUGAAGAAAGAGGGUAGGACCGCAUUCUGUUUCCACACUGAAGUUUGGAUAUGAGAUAUCCGAGAGAAGGGGAGGAAUAUUGUUUAUCAUUAUCCAGCUCUUUAAGGUGAAUUAUUUGCCCCUUCUAAGUGAUGACAAAUGUCUCUUCACAGAGCGAAGAGAUGGUAGAGGUAUACAUCUGAACAUGUGGUGUAAAAAAGUUAAUAUACUUUCUUUUUUCUCUUUUUUGCAUUUGAGUUGCACUGUACUGUGUUGGUAAAUACCCACCCCAUCCCUCUCUCCACCCUCAGUUUGUAAGUCACUAAUUAGUCAGUUAUCAAAUGCACCAUAGGUACCAAUUUUGUUAUCACUAACAUUUCAGAAAAUGAAAGGAAGGAUACAGAGAUUUGUGUGUGAGUGUGUGUGUGUGUGUGUAUGUACGUGUGUGUAUAAGAGUGCGGCUGAACAUAAUUUUUAUGGAAAAUGCUAAUUUUGAAGAAAAAAAAAAGUUAGACACUGAUUUAACAGAUAUCAUAUGCAAUUGUAUUUUUUCUUUUGGCUCCCAGUAUCCUGACAUUGGUAUGAAUGAAUAUCAAGAAACUGUUAAAUUAAGGAGUCAGCAAAGUGCAUAUAUACAUUUGGAGCCCCUUUUUCUUUGACCAAAAUAAACUUAGUUUUAAUCUAUGGCACUUCAAAGAAUAUAAACAUCUCCAUGUACUUCUUUUAUAUGUGAUAGUACCGUUAGAUGUUAAAACAGUGUCCCUCAACCUCUCCCCAACUUAGGCACAAUGUUUUAGCCACAUUAUCAGCAUUGCUGCAAGGGAACCCUUUGAAUACAUGGUAAUGAAAUUUUGUCUGCCUACAAAUGUAAGCAUAUACAUUUAUCUAUCUCUUGAAAAUGAAUGGUUUUACAUUGGUGUAUCAAAUGAGUUGAUGUGUGUCUGCCCCUGCAAAUCUCAGUAUGCAUGUCCCUCUUAACAGUCAGCACUGUUACUCUCAGUCAAGGGACAUGCGUUGUGGGGAGUAGGACUCAGUGGAGUAUGAUGAGUCUGUGAUGUUGGUUUGGCAUUGCCUAAUAAAUUGCUGUAACCAUU